GUCCCGCCCGGCUCCGGGCCCUGCGCGGGGCAGCCCCGGCACUGGCACCGUGUGCCUGAGGGCAGUGUCCGAGCGCUGCUUCAGUAUUGCCAGGCCGGGACUGCUUCCCGGGGCAGCUGCUCCAGUGCCCCAACGCCUCUGACUGAAGAGCCUUUGCCUAAUAUCCGACUUAAGCGUCCCCUGGCACAUCUUCCUGCUGUUCCUUCGGGUCCCAUCCUUGGUCACCAGAGAGAAUCGUGGAACAGUCUGGGUUGGAAGGAACCUUGAAGCCCAUCCAGUUCCACCCCUGCCAUGGGCAGGGACACCUCCCACCAGCCCAGGCUGCCCAAGGCCCAUCCAACCUGGCCUGGAACACCUCCAGGGAUGGGGCAGCUUCCCUGGGCAACCUGUGCCAGUGUCUCACCACCCUCAGCGUGAAGAAAUUCCUGCUUAUGUCUAGUCUAAAUCUGCUCCUCUCCAGUUUAUACACAUUGCCCCUCGUCCUAGCACUACAAGCUUUUGCAAACAGUCCCUCCCCAGCUUUCUUGUAGCCCCUUCAGGUACUGGAAGGUCGCUAUAAGAUCUCCUCGGAGCCUUCUCUUCUCCAGGCUGAACGACCCCAACUCUCUCAGUUUGUCCUCAUAGCAGAGAUGCUCCAGCCCUCAGAUCAUCCUUGUAGCCUCCUCUGGACCCAUUCCAACAGUUCCAUAUCCUUCUUAUGUUGGGGAUUCAAGAACUGGACACAGUACUCUGGGUGAGGUCUCACAAGAGAGGAAUAGAGGGGCAGAAUCACCUCCCUCAGCCUGCUGGCUAUUCUUCUUUUGAUGCAGCCCAGAAUACCAUUAGCUUUCUGGGCUGCAAGUGCAUAUUGCUGUCAAGCUUCUUUUCAGCCAGCACCCCCCAAGUCCUUCUAAUAUCCAGUCUAAAGUCCUUUUAAUAUCUCAUCUAAACCUUCCCUGGCACAUUUUCCUGCCAUUCCCUCGGGUCCUAUCAUCGGCCACCAGAGAGAAGAGAUCAGUGCCUGCUCCUCCUCCUCCUGUGAGAUAGCAGUAUACUGCUACAAGGUCCUCGCUUAGUCUUCUCUGCGCUGAACAGACCGAGUGACUUCAGCUGCUCUUCGUACGACUUCCCCUCUAAACCCGUCAACAACUUUGUGGCCCACUCUGGACCCUUUCCAGUAGCUUGAUGUCUUUUUUAUACUGCAGCGCCCAAAACUGCACACAGCACUCAAGGUACCGGGGAGAAGGGAUUGUGCCUGCCAGCCCGCAGAUGGUCUGGGAAUGUAUAAAGCCGGUGGCCGGUGGGCUCAGAACCAAGUGGGACCAAAAUGUGAAGGACUUUGAGGUCAUUGAAGCCAUCAGUGAUACUGUCUCUGUAUGCAGAACCACAACUCCUUCAGCUUUCAUGAGGAUUAUUUCACCAAGAGAAUUUGUGGAUGUAGUACUCAUCAAGCAAUUUGAAGAUGGGACAAUGCUAUCUGCUGCCACCAACGUGGAACACCCACUGUGUCCUCCUCAACCAGAAUUCGUGAGAGGCUUUAAUUAUCCUUGUGGCUGUUUCUGUAUACCUCUUCCAGGGGAGACAGACAAGACUCAACUCCUCAGUUUCUUUCAGACUGAUCUUGGUGGCUAUCUUCCUCAGACCGUGGUGGAUUCCUUCUUUCCAGCUAGUAUAGCUGGAUUUUACAGUAACCUGACCAAAGCUGUUAAGGCAUUAAAAGUGUGACAAGACGAAUUGCUGACAUCCCUACCAGCUGAGGGUGGGAGAAAACCUGGCAGCCUGAGGGCAGAAAUAGGAAGUUGGCUGUACCGGACUUUACUACCAACAGGGUUUUUCAUGAAAGGUGAAAGGGGAACAAUGGAUUGAGUAAAGUAAGCUUUUAAAACGGCAUUUUCUACCUGUCUCUAUGCAAAGCAAUGCAUUCUUUUCUAAUACGUUCUCUUUCAUUUUCAUAAUUAGAAAUAUAUGACACCAGAAGCUGGAAGAAUCCUGGAGGCAGCACUGCUGCCUGUCUGCAGGGAGAUGGUGUACAUACGAGAUCUGUUCUUGCCCAUGCUUUGUUACUGUGUGCGUGAGGACGAGCAUUGCUAAAAUCCACUUAGCGCUGUGGCAUUAGCCAGGUGCAGGUUCAGCCAUGUUUUGCCUCUGAAGCCCCCCAUAAACUCCUCUGGAAAAUGUUCCUUCCCCUAAAUUAUAGGUAGCUCUUUUGCUGCCAGCACUCAUUGAACUGCUAAAAUGCAUCGGUGAGUCCAAGCCAGCAAAUGGUAAAAGCCAGAACAAAUUGGAUUGUGUGGAGGAUCCCACUUGUUUGUUCCACCAGACUUUGGUAUUUUUGUGGAUAGUCCUCAAGUGCUUUUUUUUUUCUAGGUCAAGAUCUGCCAGUGCAAAUCAGUUCAUAGGUCUGUGGGCUGGUGAAUAAACACUCUUCCUUUCCGCCCUCUGUACCAAAACCGGUGAUUUCCAGUGUUGUGAAACAAACUGCACUGAAAGAGUGGCAAUAAAUAAGGAGGUUUAAGCACUUUACUUGCUAAUUUUAAACUGCACCUGAAGAUUUUUCAGUCUCUUGUGGUGAGAGGUUUUAACGGGUAAAUAAUCUUUUCUGUACCUUUUCCUUGACUUGACAGGCCAUAAGGACAUUGCUUUUUUUUUUCUGAGACUGGUUUGCCUCACAGAACUAUCUUGGGAAAUCAGCUCCUGAUCUUGUGUGCAGCUUUAGAAAAUAUUUAUGGUGCUGGUUACUGCAAUAGUAUCAGACUUUACUGUGGAUUACAUAUAAUUAGAAAAGGAAAACUAAUUGCUGAAUUACGAAUUUAAAUGCAGGUUGUGAUUUUAAUGCUGUAACUAGAUUAUUUAACAAGGUUAAUAUGCUCUGCUUUCUGUCCUUGUAUUUGUUUUAUAUUUAGUAGAGAGCUUGGACUUGCAUAUAGAGUUUCCUACUGUAAAUCUCAUGCUAUGGAAUAGAUUUUUCAAGAAAACAUUAUUUUAAUCUAGCCUUCUUUGUGUACAAAGAUGUAAAAACUUAUAUGAGUGUCAUAAAAUAAAUAUUUUUC